GCACAGCACAAGAAACAUAUGUUUAUAUAUAUCAUAUCUAUGUAAAAUCACUGACCUAAAGCUUUGCGUCAUCUUCAUAUUUGUAGAGAAAAUCAAAGAUCUCUGCAUCGCGCAGACUGGCUCUUAAGACAAAGCUGCUGAAAUCGGCAGCUUUGAUGUUAGAGAAGGAGAAGGAGGAGAAAGCAGUGGAGAGAGAAACCACCUUACGUGGGACAGUCCCUGCACUCCAGAUGUCGGGUUUGACUGUUCAGGAGCUUCAGGCUCUGUGCAGAGAACUCCAGAAAAAGAUUGAUGUAGUAGAUGAGGAGCGCUAUGACAUCGAAGUCAAAGUGGCCAAAAACAGCAAAGAGAUCGAAACUCUGUCGCAGAAGGUCUUCGACCUGAAGGGCAAGAUGAAGAGACCUGCACUCAAGAGGGUGAAGAUCUCUGCUGACGCCAUGCUGAAAGCGCUGCUCGGCUCCAAGGUCAAAGAGUGCGUGGACUUCAAGGCCAACCUCAAGACCGUGAAGAAGGAGGAGGAGAAGAAGGAGGAGGUGACUGACUGGCGUAAGAACGUGGAGGCCAAGUCUGGAAUGGAGGGCAGGAAGAAGCUGUUCGAUGCAGGACAGUCGGUGUGAUGUGAAAGUGGUUCCUGUUCGUGGCCCAGAGAGAGUCUGACUGUUUAUAGACCUGAUGUGUGCAAUGGAAAAAAUAUCAAUAUCAGCUCUGCUGUAGCUUCAUAGUUUAGGGCAAAGUGUCCUUAAUCCUACCAGAAAUCAAUAAAGCAUAAGACUGCAGGGAAUGUUGGGUUGCUUGACACUUCUGUAUGCGCUGGUGAUGACUGGAACGUUUGUUCUCUUUUACAAGAAUGACGCAGACGGCUCCGUUUACAACGGGUUUACACAAGUUCUGAGCAGCACCUGUGCUUGUCAAAGGAUUCCUCCUCAGCCUGCGCUGGCGGCGCUUUGUGAUAUCUAUAGACGGGCAUCUUGAGAUGGCCCUAAUUCACACGUCACCUCUGCUACUUCUUCUAUAAAUAAAGAUGCAGGACAAGCAAUCAGACAGCGUCCGCUUAGACGCCUUUCUUUCCUUUGGACUUCUUAGAAACUUGGCGAAACCCCCACGUACUCAGUGAGUGUGUGACACGGACUGAAGCAUGAGUGUGAUCGCUCACUUCCACCAACAGGUGUGGUUGAUAUCAUGCAGGACGCCCAGAGGCUGCAGCCUGUCUAUGUAAACGUUUUACUGCCCUUUUUUCGGCCUUAUUAUUGUGGUGAUGCCAUGCCACUGUUCUUGAGACAUUUAUAGACCCUGUAAAUGUAUGAACACUCCAUGGUCUCUCAGAGGGUUGAUGCUGUGUCCGUCACACACCACAUCUGUGUGUAGGUACGUGUCAAACACUGUCUACUGUCUUUGCGGCACCGAUCUGCUAAUCUUCAGAAGUAGAUUGCAACUCGCUGUUGGUGAUUCUGAGUUAACAUUAACAGCAAGGUGAGCAUGAUCAUGCUACAUGCCUCCAGAUUAUCUGCUAUCGGCUUUUUCUCACCUACACCAUGACUUUCUCAGUUAUGUUGACACAUGCUAUAAAACACAUAAAGCACAUUAAUACUUUGCCUGUAACACAGUAAACAUGGUUUUAGUACUAUUUUCUGUGUAUUUUUAUUUAAAUUUAUAUAUAAGAAAUGAAUGCUUGUAAUAUAUUUA